AUGCACGACGUCGGGGCCCCGGGCCGCCCACUGUUCGGCUACAACGGCGAGACAGGUGCUUGGCUCGGAGAAUCACGCACGGCAAGGGGGAGGCGCGGCCGGAAGGGAACCCGGAGAAAUCACUUGGCAUUGCCAUUGAUUUCUUUCAAAAAAAAAACAGCCAUAUUUUACCUCGGGACUCCUGAAACAUCGCGACACCCGAAGCACUCGGCCGGGCCCCAGCCGCAAGGUCCUUGCGGUCUCGACUUCAGAGAACUUCACCUGCGCUCGCUUGAAGGCAUCCGAUGGAUUAUCAAUUCCAGGGUUUCUUGGCACGGCGCGUUCCAGCAACUGCACAAGAACCAGAGAGACACGCUGGUCAUAAGACUUUGGCUUUUGGCACGAUAUGUUGUUGAUAACCAGUAG